AUGGCGUUGAAAGCUCUCAUCUUUGAUCUCGGCGGCGUCUUGUUAGAAUGGGACCGCCAUGGAGCAACAGCAUUGGCUCCUACCCAGUUUCUAGCCAUCAUGAACUCACCAGCCUGGUAUCAACUGGACAGGGGCGAGCUUACCGUGAAGCAAUCUUGCGAGUACUUUGGCGCAAUGCUUGGCAUGGAAGCAGCUAUAAUCGAGAAUUCUCUGCGGGAGGCCCAAAAGUCUCUCAGAGUCGUGCGCGGCUUUUUGGACACAAUUGAGGCUUUGAAAGCCUCUAACGCGGAUCUCAAAUUUUACAUCAUGUCCAACAUAUCUGUGGAACACUUUCAACUUGUUCGAAAGGAAAUUGACUUGCCUUGGUCACAAUUCACACAGAUCUUCGCCUCGGGAAACGAAGGAAUGCGAAAGCCAGAGCUAGGCUUCUGGCGCCACGUCCUCAACCAGAUUGGAGUAAGGCCAGAGCAGGCAAUCAUGAUUGACGAUACGGUUGAGAACAUAUGUGCCGCUCGUUCUCUCGGAAUCCAUGGGUUGCUGGUUGACUCCAAGCAUCCUAAUAAAGCCCGCAACAUACUCCAUAACCUCUUGGAGGACCCUGAAGCACGAGCACAGGCAUUUAUGAAGUCACACGCAACGAACCACAUCUGUGUAGUUGAAGGGCUCCAGGACGUCACUAUAAAGGACAAUUUCUCUCAGCUCAUGAUUUGGGAGCUGACAGGAGAUUCGACCUUGGUUGAUCUUCGUUGGCCUGGUGGCAAACUGCUGAAAGACAAAGAGUGUGUCUCUGGCGAGCGGAUCUCUGAAAUGAACGACAUGGCUAACGGGGCUUCCCCUGAUGACAUCAAGAAUGAUGUCGAGUUGGGACUCUGGAACUACUUCUGCAACAAGCCAGUUCUGACAACCCGGGAAUUUCCUCCCGACGCUGACACGACUUCAACGGCAUAUAUAUCCCUUCCUGAGGAGUAUCUAUCACGCAUUGCACCUCCCAGACUAGUCUUGGACAUGAUGGCAGCCAACAUAGACAACGAUGGUAUCAUGCAGACCUACUUCUGCACAGAUCGGCCCCGGAAAAGCCCCGAAGUUUGCUGCAACAUCUUGCGGGCCUUCAACCGCUUCGGUCUCAUGUUGGACGCUAAUCUCAACAUCGAAGCUACCAAAGCCUGGGUUGUAGACAGCCUCAACAACGACGCCUGUCUAGAUGGAAGCAGGCACUAUUCAACACCAGAAGCCUUUCUCUACCUUGUUGCUCGUCUAUACGACGAGUGCAGGGAUGCCCACCUGAAGCAGAACUUAGAGCCUGUGAAGAAGAAGCUCAAGGAAAGGAUCAAUACACAGGUCAACCCUUUGGCGCUGGCAAUGCGACUCUUCGCAUGCCAAAAGGUGUCCAUUUCCUCCAGCCUUUACCAGAAGGAUUUGAAAACCUUCAUGUCUUUGCAAGAGGUAGACGGUAGCUGGCCGGCAGGACACUUCUGUUGUUAUGGCAGGACCGGAGCUUUGAUUGGAAACCGCGGCCUUACGACUGCCCUGGCAAUUUGCAUUAUGCAACAUGAGAAGACGGUCGGUUCAUUUGGCAUGGUUAACUAG